CAUACCAUCCUCCUCUGUUUCCCCAGUGUUUUAAGCCAUGAAGGGCAAUGUCGGUCAGUCCAGCACUUUGGUCUAUAGACUGAAAUAUCUCAAUAACUAUUGAAUGCAAUGUCAUGAAUUUUUUGUACAGUAAUACCCCAGAGGAUCGAUUUCACUGACUUCGGCAACUCCCUGUCUUUUUCUUGAGCACCAGCUGCUAUUUUUUAAUGACACGGUUACAGAAGUCCAUGGUGCCAAGAUGAUGAAUCCUGUAGCACCGCCAUGAGGUUCACUUUUUGUGGUUUUUAGUUAAAUGUCUCAAAAACCACCAGAUGGAUGGUCAGAAUAUGGUACAGACAUUUAUAUCCACAUUUUAAUAACUUAAUUUAUUAAUUAAUUUAGCGCCAUUAUCAGGUCAAAAUUAAAUAGGACUAAAUACCUUCAAAACGAAUGACAUUCCCAUCAUCCCCAGCCGUAUUUUGUAUACAUAGUACUAAUUUGCUUUUGUUGGAAUGCUAAAUUGAGAUGGUGACCAUCUUACAUAUUAGACCUGCUGGAGAUCAGCAACUUUUUUUAUUGUCAUUGUCAGCAUGUUGUCAUUUUGCUCAGAGUCUGUGCCAAAGUGCAACCUCACAGAACUGGUAGCUGUAGACUCUAGUAGUCUGUUUCUUUCUCUUUAUGUGUUAAGCUGGUGACAAGUAGUUUCAGUUAGUGACACCACCCAAAUAAUGAUGCUUUUAAACAAUUUACAGUAAGGCUACAGCAGAAGCUGAUUUAAUCAAUAUGAGGGAGGGAGUGAUGAAAUAUAUCUGGAUUGAAUCAGGGUUUAUUGCGAGUUAUCAACCUUCUGACUUUUUGUCUGUAAAACGUCAAGGAUGGCAUCCUCUCUCUCACACACACACACACACACACACACACACACACACACACACACACACACAUACACAGAUACCUCAGCUGUUUUUUCUGGCACAAUGAGCUGAUUAGCUGACCUGAGCUAGCUUUUUGCUCUCUUUUUCUGCUUCUCUGACUCAAAACUCAGUUAUUUCAUCACCAGCUCGCAGCUCCUGUACUGACUUCAGCAUCUGUGAUCGUAAUAGUCUAACUGAGCACAGAGGAGAGAUUUCACUCGUGCUGCCAGCGGGAGGCACAACGCUGCUGCCAACCAAGCCAAACAUCAUUUUGUAAUCUGCUGCGUUGGCUUGGAAGCUUGAGUCAGGGAUGAGGAGGAGAGAAAUGAGCAGAGGGAAAGGAUUAGAAAGACUUCCGAUUUGCAGAGUUCAAUAAGCUUGAGACGAAAUGGAUACCAUGGGAUAACUGUGAGCAUGUUUGUGUGUUUAUAUACGAUGGGUGAGACAGAAAUAUUAUCCACGGAGUCUUGUUGUUAAACUGCCGAGUCAUGCUGUGACGUUUGUCCAAAUGUUGUGUGAAACCACACCACAGCCAGCCUGUAUCCUUCAGCAUCCUGCUCUGUUCUGGAGGUGGAGAGGAAGAGUUUAACUGUUAGCAUCAGCAGCGAGCAGCGCUCAAAGUGAAUGACUCGUCUGAUGCAGGAGGAAGAACAGCAAUGAGACGAUGAAGGUAUGGUCCAGUGCUGAUGGCGCACUCUGAGCUGUUAGUGACAAAAGCUUCCCCUGUGGAGGGGACAGCUGUGGCGCUGGAUGUUCUCAGCUUCCUGGAUUCUUUUGGGGAAGAAAACAGCACUGCGGACAGAUGCUACCGCUCGCACUCCCGCAGCAGCGUCCUCCAGGGUCUGCCGUUUGGAGGAGUGCCCACGGUCCUCGCCAUCAAUGCCGUGCUAUGGAUGUUCCUGUUGCUCAUCUUCUCCUGUCUGAGGAAGGCUGCAUGGGACUAUGGCCGCCUGGCUCUGCUGAUGGAGAAUGACAGUCUCACAUCCCUGUUUUAUGGAGAACCAAGUGAGAAAGAGAAGUCUCCGUCAGAGUCCAGCCCCUCCGACUCUGAGACCAAGGACAUGGGCUUCUGCUCGUGGCUGUCAUCACUUUGCCAUAUGAAGGAUGACGAGAUCCGUAGCAAAUGCGGCAUUGAUGCCGUCACAUACCUGUCCUUCCAGCGCCACAUCAUCCUGCUCAUGACAGUGGUUUGCCUGCUGUCUUUGGCCAUAAUCCUGCCGGUCAACUUUUCUGGGAACCUCCUGGGAGACAGUCCUGAAAACUUUGGGAGAACAACACUGGCUAAUGUUAGUGCAAAGGACAGCUUUCUGUGGCUCCACAGCAUCUUGGCUCUGGUCUACUUCAUCAUCACGUUGCUGUGUAUGGCUCACCACCUGAUACGGCUGGAGUACCGAGAAGAUGAGAAGGUAGCCAGGACACUGAUGAUUAGCUCCGUACCGAGAGAGAUCUCUGACCCAGGACUCAUCACCAAACACUUCCAUGAGGCCUACCCCAGCUGCACUGUCACCGACAUCCGAUUCUGCUUUGAUGUCCACAACCUGAUGAGGCUGGACUUGGAGAGACGCAAGGCAAUGAAAGGGAGGCUGUAUUUUGCCACAAAGGCCCAAAAGGAUGGGAAGAUCAUGAUCAAGACCCAUCCAUGUGCUCAGAUAUUCUGCUGCGACAUCUGUGGCUUUGAAAAGGUGGAUGCAGAACAGUAUUACAGCGAGUUAGAAGAAAAGAGGACAGACGAGUUUAAUGCUGAGAAGAACCGCAUCUCCAUGAAGAGGCUCGGCAUUGCCUUUGUGACUUUUCGCGAUGAGAGGAUGACUGCUGUCAUUGUGAAGGACUACGGUUGUGUGCGCUGCCGUCGCAGACCCCAGCAGUCCAGCAUCACCACUGUGGUGCAGUCGCAACAAUGGGGGGUCACCUACGCACCUGCUCCCAGUGACAUCAUCUGGGAAAACCUGUCAGUGAGCGGAUCUCGCUGGUGGCUCCGAUGCGUCCUCCUCAACAUCCUCCUCUUCCUGCUGCUCUUCUUCCUCACCACUCCCGCCAUCAUCGUCAACACAAUGGACAAGUUCAACGUCACGAGGCCUGUAGAAAGUCUGCGGAGCCCUGUCAUUACCCAGUUCUUCCCAACCCUCCUGCUGUGGGCGUUUUCGGUACUCCUGCCCUUCAUCGUCUACUACUCAGCCUUCUUUGAGUCCCACUGGACCAGAUCUGGGGAGAACCAAGUAACGAUGCACAAGUGUUUUUUCCUGCUGGUCUUCAUGGUCAUCAUCCUGCCCUCUCUUGGUCUGUCCAGUCUGGACCUGUUCUUCACAUGGCUCUUCGAUGUCAACUUCCUGGAUGAGAAGGAGAUCAAAUUCCAGUGUGUGUUUCUUCCUGACAACGGUGCAUUCUUUGUGAACUACGUGAUUACAUCCAGUCUGAUUGGCACAGCUAUGGAGCUGCUUCGUAUCCCAGCACUGACAGUGUAUGCCUUCCGCCUCUGCUUUGCCAAGUCCCAGGCUGAGCGCAUUCAUGUCAAACGGAGCCAGGCCUAUGAGUUCCAGUUUGGCCUGGAGUAUGCCUGGACCAUGUGUAUCUUUGCAGUCAGUAUGACCUACAGCAUCACGUGUCCCAUCAUUACACCCUUUGGUCUGCUCUAUGUGAUCCUGAAGCACAUGGUCGACCGAUACAACAUCUACUAUGCAUACGUUCCCACUAAACUCAGCCAACGGAUCCACAGAGCAGCCAUCAACCAGGUCAUCCUGGCCCCCAUCCUCUGCAUGUUCUGGCUGCUCUUCUUCUCAAUGCUCAGAUUAGGUCCAGUUCAUCCCAUCACCCUCUUCACCUUAGUGUCCCUGCUCUCCUGUAUUGCCUUUUCCCUCUUUCGCUUGUGCCUUAGGAAGCAACCAGACAAGUCAACAAGCUAUCAGAUGUCUGAUCAGCCAGCAGAUGGGACGUUUACUGAUGCAGACAGGAGUACUGUAACAUCCAGCACUGCCUCCAGUCUGUUUGUGGCGUCCGUGCUGCUGGAGCCAGAGCUGGCUUUGACUCCCAUGCCGUCCCCGGCCCACCACAGCUACGGUGCCAUGGCCAGCUCCCAAAGUUCAAGCCACGGCGCGGCGGAUGAAGAGGAGUGUGAGGAAGGCCACGCCCAGACCCAUGAGACUGAACUCCAAGACCCCCCAGACCCCUACUGCUCCAGCCCACUCAUGGACAGCCCCGUAGGCUUCCAGUAACACCAAAUUCCCCCAAGCUGAUUCCACAUGUCCUUCACCUGGGGAACACAACUUGCUUAAUGCUGCAAUGCUGCAUUUUCGCUUUUGACCUCAGACUCUAACUUCGUUGCUUCAGACCCUAGGACCAGACUGGGCUUGAUGAAGAACCUGAAGAGGAAAGAAUGCAGGAGCAGGGUCCAUGUAAACGCCACUAUAAAUACAUAGACCGCAGUUUGCUAAAACAUCUCCUGAACUUGUCUCAUGGACAAAAACGCCAAUCUCGACAGACGAUACUUCCCUAAAUGUACAGAUUAUUUCAGUUAAACUAUUGGAUGCUACAUGCUACAUGACAGGGAUCGCAACUUCUCCUGUGACUUCAUUUGCAAGUUAGAAAGGUUUCAAGUAAUGAAAGUGUCUGGGGUGGAACUGCCUUUGGGUUGCUAUCAGAGAUACUCUCUCCAUGCUGUGCCACUUGGACAUGAGUGGAGGUGAAAGUUCCCAUCAGUGUGGGUGGUGUGAGCAGGCUUGCCCCGGCAGACUGACAGAGUGGUCUGGGCACGGGUGAUAUCUGGUUCCUCGAACGCAGAGCUCAGGGAGGCUGAGGGUGAGGGCAGCUAGUUGUGAAGCCAUCUGCAGUGAGAGAGCAGACAGACGGAGGGCCGAAUGUAACUCGGAGAUGUACUGUAAUAUAUGUACACUCUCAACAAGGAGGCACAAGCAGCUUGGCUGUACCUGAAGCUUGUUGUAACUAUUAUCAAUUUACGUUGCUAUUUUUGCUACAGUAUUUUUGGUGUCAUUGAUAUUGUGGUUUACUGGAGAUUGUUUAAGGAUUUCCCGUCUUAAUCAGAGUAUUCCCUUAUUAUGCUAUUUUGACGUGAUUUUGAUGUGAUCCAACUUUAUUUUUAUUUUUAUUUAUUUCAAAGGAAUAGUUCAACAUUUUGCAUAUGCUAGUUCACUUUCUUGCCGAGCGUUAGAUGAGAAGAUCGAUACCACCUUCACAUACGAGCGUGGUAUAAAUCUCGUGGUCUAAUUAUCUGCAAGAAAGGAAAGUUUCUAUCCCAAAUUGUAGAAUAUGUUGAGAACUAUAGCGUGGUGUCUACUUCUUCUCACUGCAAGACAACAAUAUUUAACUCUCGAGAGGAAUUUAUACAUUUUUUUAUUUAAAUUUCACAUUUCUGCAUGCAUGUUGACCAUGUUGUAUACACGAGGUAUGCAUUUCCAUCCUUAACCAUAAGGUCAAGUUUCACAUGUGCUAAUCUCAUUGUCAGUCUGUGUGUUUCCAAGUGUUAUUUUUUGGUGGAGGGAUGAAAGUUUAUUUUUUCUCCUGAAUGUAAACUGAUUGUAGUUUGUGAUUCAUGUCUCUUGCUGUGCCUUGAACAGUGUUCGUGUGACAACCCGGCAUGGCCUGAAAUAUGCUGCAUGGACUGAAAACUAAAGGGGGCGGAGAAACAUCUAAGAGAUGAAAACACAACAACAAACACAAAGACAAGUCAAUGGGUAGUUAAUUCUGUUAGUCAUCAGAUUCCACUAAGAUGUUGACCAAACAAUCUUAAAAGGUCUUUUUCUGGAGCUUUUGACUAUACCACAUGGUCUUCAACUGCAGAUUAGUUUGUUCAGUUUUCAUAAACAUGGUCAUGGUCAACUGUAAAUGUUCAAACUUUAUACUUUAUUAGUGCAGGUUUUGGACUUUUUUUUCAUUCUUUAGAGUUUAUUCAUGUUGAUAAAACAAUCUUUACUCAAGGUCCACUUACUUGCUCUUUCUGAAGCUUUUAGGAGUAAACCAUAUUUGGACAUGGAGAACUCCUAAAGAUGCCCAGAACAAUAGAAUGUUUGACUGUUUACAGAUCAGUGACAACUGAGCAAACUUCAUCUGCCGAUGAACACCAUGUGAUAUGAUCGAAAGCUCCGGAACAAGCAGGCGAUUAUUGUAAUUUCAAGGUGAAGAACCGUCAAGCUCAACACUAAGCUAUCUUACUGUGUGUGUUUACAUCACAGCAGUUCUGUCAUUUCUUUAAGAUGUUUUGUAUUAUGUCCUCGUCGGUGCCUUGUUGACUUCAAUCAAUAUUUUAUUAGUUCAUAUAAGAUGUAUGACCAAGCUCUCUGUAGAGGAUACAAUCUUUUUAUCCAGUGCCGUUCCCUUGUAGGGUUUCUCUUACAUGUUACCAUGUUUGAUUAACAGUGACAGCAAAAUCAUAGGCCUGUGAUAUAAAUAGUUUUCAGAUUUACUGAUGGCAUAUUAUGCAUAAUGUUUAAUCUGUUUGCUACAUUUUACAUGGAACCUAACUGCAGUUUCUCAUGCUGUAUAAAAGAGAUGAAAGCUGGCAGCAGAGCGAGAGUGGUCAGUGCAGAGGAUCAUGAAGAAAAAUCUAUUUGGAAAAAUAAACAUCAAAGAGCAUCUCAAAAUGUCUCUCUGUGAACUACCAGUGUGUCCUGUGGGCUUCACAGAUCAUUAAACGUACUUUCCUUUGAGAAAUACAAAAUAAAACUUAUUAGUAUAUUCUUAGCUCUAAUGUCCAUGCUUAACUAGUUUUAUUGUAUCCUGUCAUGUCUGUUCAUAUACUGUCGGCUUGGCCACGCGAGGUCUAUUUGGAGGUACAUUAGCUUUCCAGACAUGUCCACUGUUUUUUGCUCUUGGUUAUGAAAUGUGUGUAUCAUAAGUGCUUUGUUUCAUACCGUAUGUGAGCCGGCUGUGAAUGUGGGUUGUUGUAUCUACAAGAAGGUUGAGGUUAAAGGAACGGCUGCAUUUGAGAUUGAUCUCUGUCAGCUGUGUUGUCGAUGAGUUUUCAUCUGUCAAAAGUGAAGUGUGCUGUGAUCUGAAAUUAAAAUGAAUUCAGCUCGAUCCACUCA